GCAUAUUAACAGAAUAAAACAAAGACAAUGCAUUGAGCACAGUUACCUGCUGAAUUUAAUUUCUUAUCUUUCAAAGACAAUGCAUUCUAUAAUUGCGCAAUCUCACAAUAAAGUUAAUGCAUCUCAUGGUGAAAUUCUCUUUGCACAAGCCCAAUGGCAGCAAAUCCUAGGGCCGUGGUUUCUCUUUCUCCAUUCCUGCGCAUUUGCGAAUGAAGCUACCUUCCAAGGCGAAAGAUUGGAAUCCUUGAUCAGUGAGGUUCUUAUCUUGAAUCAUCCAGCCCUUUUUUCUGAAUUUCCAACACCAGUUAGAUAGGUCCAGCUUGAUGUUCCUCUUGAUAAUAGGUUCUGAAGAAGCAUCCAUUGAAGCCAUCUGGACCGGGGGCACUCCCAGGGUUGAGAGACCAAACAGCCUCUCUAAUCUCAUCUUCCAGAGGGCUAGGGUCUUUCUCAUAUUCAUCCUGAGCAAACCUGGCCUUUUCUUCAGCUUCCAUAAGGUUAGAGAAAAUAUUUCCAAAAGUUUCAAUGUUCCACUUCUUUAAGACUUGUUUAAGCCCCUUGAGUUUGAGUCCCAGACCAAUCAUACCUCCAUAAUUAUGAUUUUUGCUCUAGAAAUCAUGAACCAAGUUAUGGAAAGUUGGGUGGUUGGUCUAAGAGUUAAUGAAUCUGAAUGGUUUUG